UCUGUUACCAUUAGCAACUAAAACUGUCAACAAAGUACUGGUUGCUCCCUUUAACUACUUAAAUGCCUUUUAUUAAGAGGAGGGUAAAAAAGAAAAUAAACAAACACCCUGAGAAGUAGAGCGAGAAACCAGCAUCGCUAUGGAGGAAAGUGAACAUCUUUUGGAAAAAUGUCGGAAAGCAUAUCGAGAGUGUUUUGAAAAAGAACCUCACCCAUUCGUGAUUCAAGCAAUUAAGCACCAAACAAAUCAGUACUUAAAUCUUGCUGGAAACUUGCCAACAUUCACCGGGGAACACCUCGGAGACAAAGAGAUGUUGGUUUUGUACAAAAUUCUCAAGGAUCAAUAUCUGUUUGUCAGUGUGAAUUUGAGCUACAAUAAUAUCACUGAUGAAGGAUCACAUAACGUGGCUCAACUCAUUAAGUCGAGUUCAUCCUUGGUAAGUUUGAACCUUAUGUGUAACGAUAUUGGUCCAAAAGGUGGAGAAUUAAUUGCUGCCGCUCUGCAAACAAAUAAUACUUUAGAAUCACUAAACAUGAAUGGCAACAAGAUUGGAAGAAACGGCGUGUUAAUGUUUGCUCGGGCUCUUCAGUUCAAUAUUGGCUUAAAGGAUUUAAAUGUUGGCCAUACAGAUAUGAAUAUUGACAGUAUGAUAGCAAUGGCUACAGUGCUUUGUUUCUCAAACUGUACAUUACUUCGGAUUAAUCUGAACAGACCUUUGUUGAAAAAUAUGGAAGAAGAAAUCAUUUCUGGGCAUAUAAGCCAUCUCCUAAAGAUGAAUCCAGUUCUCGUUGAAUUACACCUGCAACAACUCGGCAUGGAGGAUUAUGGUGCAACAAUAAUUUCUGAAAGUCUAAGAAAUAAUACCAUUCUUACACAUUUGGAUCUAAGUUGGUAAUCUGUUUUAAAUCAU